UGUGUGUGGUUAUGAAAAUGUAUUUUUUUGUUGAUGUUUUUUUAAAAUGGCAUAAUUUUUAAAUGGUAAAUAAAUGUCAGUUAACUUUCAUACAAAGUGCAGUAAACAUAAAAUACUUCAUCAAUAUUUGGUGUGACCAGCCUAUGUCUUUAAAGGUUGUUGGCAGAUAGGUUGUUCCGAGCAUCUUUGAAAACUUGCCACAGUUCUGCGUAUUUAGGCUGUCUACUGUUGAUACUACUGGGCAGUCCUGAUGUUGGCCAAAAUUUCCAUUUCAUGAAUCUGCCAUUAAAUCACAGACAUAACUGGUAACUGUAGUGUAUUUUAAUGUUUUGUUUUCCCUCUCUUUGCUGCAGUUUGUUAUGGUGCAUAGAAGUGCCUAAAUCUAUGGUCUCCAACAUUGCUGAGCUCACACACAUGAUAACUGCAUACUUAAUGGUGGAAGGCUGUAAGAGUGUGCCAGGAUGCCGGAGAUAGUACAGACUCAGGCAAAUAACCCAAGACUGCCACGGCGGAAGAAAAACAAAGAGAUUCAUAAUGCAGUGGAAAGGCACCGUAAAGAGAAAAUCAAUGCUGGUAUCAAUCGGAUUGGAGACCUUUUGCCGUGCUCUCAGGCCUUAAAACAGAGUAAAAAUAUGAUUUUGGAAGAGGCUUUUCGUUACAUCACUGAGCUAAAGCGACAAAAUGAUGAAAUGCUGCUUAAUGGGGGAGACAAAGUCAAAGCAGAGGAGAUAGAGCAAUUACGGCGCCAGCUAGAGGACCUGCGCAAGGAAAGUGCUCAAUACAUUGAGCUCCUCAAAGCUAAUGGCAUUAAUUUCUUGAAUGACCCCACUAUACACUGGAAAGGGAAGCAGCGCUGUGCAAAAGUAGCCAAAGUAACUCCAACUCAUUUGAUGUCAAAGGGAAUAAUUGUGUACUCCAAUGAGAACACUUCCUGUCCCACAAGCAAAGUUUCCAUUCCACCAAGUCCAGUUUCUCACCUUGAUAAACAACCAGCAAAUGCUGUAACAGUCCAACCAUCAUGCGAUUCUGCAUUGAGCACAGGCCAGACUCUUGGUAUUACAAAUUCAGCACCAGUAAGCAAAGUUAUAGCCUCUUCUGCAUCUUCCCACAUACCUGUAGCAACUUUUAUCCCUGCUGUGUCCAAGCCAUGUCUUACAGUGGUGGAACAAUAUUCUCCUCUGGAACAGACUACUCCAAGAUUGAACCCUCCUAUGGAUUAUCUUACUUUUCAAGGUUCAUGUCCCCAGCCUGCGGUCAACACAUCACUCCCUCCACAACGUCAACCAGAUAACCCAACUCCCAGACUCACUACUGCAACCAGUCCAGCCAUGCCUCUCACACUUCAGCCUAUGCUAAGCCUAACCUCUCUGCCUCAAGUUGUGAUCAAUAACUCAGUGGUCCCUGCUACUGCAACCACUGUGCUCUCACAAAAUUCUGAAAUCACAUCUGUUUGCCCCAUAUUGCCAACAAACUCUACUCUUCUUAGAACCAGUGCAACUAGCAGCACUCAGACUACAUGGACAACACUACAGCUGGCCGGAAAUACAGUGCAACCUGUCUCCCAGGCAUUGGUCACAGAUGGUGCCAGCAUUUCACAGAAUCCACAGCACCUCUCUGUAUGCUCAGUGGGGACAAAACACCUAGAGGAGCCUGCUUCUCUCCAAUUACAAACACAGGUUCCUCUGCAACUGCAAGUAUCAACACAUAUUCCUAUUCAGCCAUCUGUGCCAAGACCCCCUCAGCUAUAUUCAGCAGUUGUUCCACACCCUCAAACAGCAGUGUCUCAACAGUCUUCACUUUUAGCAGUGCCAGCCAUUGUGUCCCAAGCUGUUGUUGUUCAUCAGCCAUCUGAACCGCAGCCAGCCUAUUUGACCCAUCCACAAUCUGCUGUUCAGGCACAGCCAGCACUAUUACCAAAAUCUCAAAUUAACUCUGCUCUUAUUCCCAACUCUAACCCCUCCAUACAACCUAAACCUCGGCUUCAAGCUGCUAUGCCAUCUCAGCCUCAUUUGCAACCUACAGUAGUGCCCCAGGCCCAGUCUGCCGUUGUGCCUCAACUGCAUCUCAGUAUGGUGCCUCAAGCUCAGCCAAUCAUAAAUCCACCAACUCAACCUGCCCUCGUGCCUCAGCCUCAAGCUGCUACACUGCCAGUGUUACAGACAAUGCAGGUAUUACAGGUGAAUUCAGACGAAACACCAGUUGCUGUUACCUCUCCUCAAAAUAAUGCGCAUGUUGUUAUUCUACAACAGGGAAGUUCAUGUCCAGCACCACAGGUUCACAGAGAGGAUAUGCCUAGUCAGACUCCAUGCCAGCACAUUGUCAUAAUUCAAGCACCUGCUUUAACACCUGCAUCACAGAGCCAUCACACUGCCAUUGUUUCAACUACAACAUCGACUUUAUCCAGUCAAAUGACCACUUCACACCCUACCUGUACAACUAACAUGCAGGCAUCUGGGACAAAACAGCUGGUACACAUUCUUCCACGCCCCUCAACACAAUUGCAAGCACAAGCUCCUCAGACUAUCACUGUGAAUGGACAAGUUUAUGUUUUGCAGUCAGUAAAGUCACAAGAUAAGGGGAACUCUCAGCAAUCUGGUCAAAGUGUGACUCAAAUCCUUCAGCCAAGCUUUGAGGAACCCACCUCUAAUGUUGCCAUGAAUUGUUUAGGUGCUCUAACUAGUCUUAGUCAGAACAUUUCAAAGAUCACAAGUCAAAGCAAUGUACAAAUAUACACGAUUACUCCACCGUCAUACACUACUGUGCAACCUCCAAUCUGUGGUUCAGAUUUCAGCACUUGUAAAACUGUUCUUUCCCCCUCUGUUCCUGUACCAUCAAGUGCUGCAGGCAGUGCAGUUAAAAUCCUGCCAAAGAAAGGUAGUGUGACUUCUGGAAACCAAAACAGACAAAACUCAGUAAGAAGAACCAGAAUGGUUAAGCGAAAAGAACCAAAAUUUGGACAAAGUUUGCACAGAAAUGCUGCAAAAAGUAAAGCGUCUGUUUCAAAUGAUGCAUGUUCCGAGUUAUACACUGUAGCAACAGGUGUUAAUAUAUUGAAUUCUGUAAAUACUCAGAGUGCACCAACCCUCACUAGUGUCAAUUCUACAUCCAGUAGUUCUGCAGUCAUUAGUAACAGUUCCUUCAGUGAAAAAUCAGCAGAGAGUUCUGCCUCAUCUUUGGUGUAUGGCAGUGAAUCUAUUGUCAAGCCCGCCUUAGCUGGUGGACAAAUCUCAAAGACUAAAGCAAAAUCUGUCAGUGUUGUCCCCUUGCAUAACAAUGUAACAGUUAGCAGUGUCAGUUCAUCAGUAAGUUCUACUCAGGGUAGUGUAGUUAUUUCUUCAAAUUGUGACCGCUUAAGUAAAGGCAUAUACACUCCAGAUAUUGGGCCCCAGCUUAAUUGUUCAGCUGAUAGUGUUGUUCUCUCUUCAAAAUGUAGCACUAUGGACACUGUUGCAUCUUUGUCAGUUACCACAUCAGAAGUUAAUGUUAAUUCCUCAUGCAGCGUGUCAUUUUGUAGCGAAACUGCCAGUCAGAAUGAGUUGACUGCCAGUAAUGUUUGCUCCAGUAAUGAUGGCAGGUCAAUAGAUUCAAGAUCUAGUUUACCAGAGAGUUCCAUUCCAAUGACCGCAGUAAGCUCUUCUCAAAACAGUUCAAUAGUUAAAUCCAUUAAUUCUGCACUUUGCCAACCCCCAGUAUCAAGUGGCAUAUGCACACCGAGUAGACAGUUAGGCAUUAGUGCUGAUUCUAUAGAGAGUGGACCAAGAGUUUCUAUCAUGCCAGAACAUAGUAUUUCACAAAUUCAAGGCAAGUUUGCUAGAAGGGAAGAGUUUACUUCCUCUUCUAAAAUUCAGACAUCAUUUAGUAUAUCCUCAACUUCAACUCCUAGCUCAGACACCUCUAUGUCAACUCCACCUGUUCAGCUUCCAGAGGCUUCAGACCAUUUCAAAUCCCUUAAACGAACAUCUGCAAUGAAUAUAUCCAUGGCAGCCACUAACCAUGAAACUUGUACGGAUUUCAAGCUGACUGAAUCAAAUAUGAACACAAAACCUGGCAAGGAUGGACAAUCUGUUUGUGCCACAGAGAAACAUGUGACAGAAGUAGGUCCCUUUGCUCAAAAAGACACAGUUCCUCCACAGCAGGAAUGUACAUUGGACAAUGAUUCAUUUGAGCCUUCACUGGGAACCAGUAGACAUGCUGAUUCACCUCUGGCAGGAGGUUCAGGUGGCAGAGGCUUUUCUGUUGCAUCAUUGCUCCCAGCAGGCCACAGCAUCAGUGCUUCUCCAAAUACAUUUGGUGCAUUCACUUUCACUUCUGAGCAGGCAGAAAUGUUAGCAAUGGCUGCCAGGGCUAUAUUUGAACAGGACAGCCCAGGUAAGAGGGCUGCUGCUGGUUGCAGUGUUGACAACCCAAACACUGCUGCAACAGGGUGGGACUUUCCAAAAAUACACCCAAUCCCUUCUAACAAGGAGAGCAUGACGGGACAGCAGGUUAAACCUACAAAGCAGGUGGAUUUACCCAUGUCAAAAAAUUCAUCUCAGGUCUCUGGUCGAGGACCUCCAGUUGAGCCUUUGGCCAGUGGCACUGUCGGUAUCAGACUUCCACAGACCAUAGCUUACUCACAGUCUCAGCCUACUACUGUCACUAGCCUUAAUGUUAAUAACCUCAUCACACCAAGCUCCAGCCAACCUUAUCCAGGAUUACCUAAUCUUGCACACCAGGUCUCUGCUCCAUCAUCUGGGGGAGCUUCCAGUAUGGUUUCUCAGUCUUCCUCUCAAGUUCCCCCAACCUGUUCUGACCCUUCUCAACCCAAUGAAUAUGCGCCUUUGAAAAAUGCUCUGAUGCGAUCACAAGUCAAUGUUGGAAUGGUUGAACGUCAUCAGAAGAAUAUGCCAAAAAGGUCUGCCCAAGAUGACCUUAUUCUUCCAAAUAAGCGUUCAAAGCCAUGCCCAGCAGGGAAUGUUGCAAGAGUAGAGAUGAAGGCUACAGAUCAUGUCCAGAUGAUGGUUUGUCAUAUGCCCUCAAGUACUUCUUCAGUCAUGACAAGGAAUCACUCUGAUGGAGUUGGGGCUCUGUUUUCUGGUAAUACUUUCAUGAGCACUGUGCUCCGCCCUACUGAAGGACACUGCUCUACCCAGGUGCCAACACAUGAACAAACUCAGCGAAGUGUGUUGCACCUGCAGCAAGUGCAUGCACAGCAUAGCUCUCCACAGUCUGGGCAGAACUUAGGUGGACACUCCUACCUCAAACACCAGCAACAGCAGGAACAAAGGCACCUUUACCAGCUUCAGCAUCAUCUGACACAGCCAGAAUCUCAGAUCCACAGUAUUCAUCAGAGGAACCUGCUGCAAGAUCAGCAUGUGCACAAAAAGAGAGUUGUGCGUGGUGGGCAGACAGGACCAACGGUUGGUCUGCAGAAGCAACAUCAUUUGGAAAAGAGUGGCAUGCAGCAGCAACAUCAACAACAGCAGCCUCCUCAGCAACACCAACAACAGCAUCAGCAGCAGCAACAACAAUCCCAACAGCAUCAGCAGCAACAACAACAGCAGCACCAUCAACAGCAGCAGCAAUCACAGCAACAAAAAGCACAACAGAUUCAGCAGCAGCAGCAGUCACACCAACAGCAGCAACAAAUGGCACCACAGAAUUCACACUCGCGUCAUCAGCAUCUUCAGCAGCAGAUUCAGCAACAACAGCACUUUGGGGCUCGACAGGAUAAAAAUUGUGAGGCCCAACAGUCAGGUCAGAGGGCACAUCAAAAUAAUCACUUGGGUCAGCCAGAGCGUCCACCUGGUCAGGAUCAUGGAGCUAUGCAAAGACUAAUGGGGUCUCGCUCAUUGGAACAGCAGCUGACAUCCCAGCCUAGCAAUUCUGUUUCUCGUUCCUCAGAUCUUGCUUGCACUCCAUCACGUCAGGAGCGCCACCGUCUCUCUAGUUAUUCAGCAGAGGCUCUUAUAGGGAAGACUCCUGCUACUGCGACUGGUGAACAACGUAUGGGAGUGCAUCUGCAAGCACCUCGAAACAAUGCACAGGACCAGUCAGAAUUACGAGGCUAUGUAGACUCAUCAUGUGGCAAAGGAAAUAUUGCUCAUAAUUCUCAGAGUAGGCUCCCACCAGAGCAUGCCAAUACCACAGACACACAGAGAAUACCAGAGUGUGGGCCUUUCAAGGCUCUGGUUAGUGGGCAUCAACUCAGUAACUUUGAAGUGCAAGUGUCUCACAGUGGUGACAUGUCCAGCAAGUCUGUAUCCCAAAUCCAUAGAGGUCCUCAGUCACAAGCAGGAUUCAGAAUGGGUACUGGACCAGUAGGCGAUGGGCGUACACGUGGGACAUAUUCAGGUCCACAUCCUGCUGCUCAAGGUGUUCACAUUGGUGCAGGAUUGACGAGAGAACAAGAGGGUUGUCACCAGAGCUUCAUGCAAAGUCUUUUGGCACCACAUAUUCCUGAGCAAAAUGUGCACCAAAGAGUAGUACAGGGCUGUACCUCAGGGAGUAUAGAGUACAACUGUGUUCCUGGGACCUCUGCUGGAGAACUUCAAGCUAAAUCUUCUAGUCCUAAUUUGCACCCUGUACAGAAAGCUGCUAACAUUCGUCUAGGGGACAGUAACAAAGGCCAUAUUUCUCAGGUCAGUGGAAAUUUGCAUGGUCCACCUGUGAGAGCAGGUCCACCCCAUCCUCCGACACCACACAGCAGUUCAGACACAGGACGCACACAAGGCUCAACAAGAUCACUCUCAGCAGUUAAUCAGCGCCCCCACCAUAUUGGACCAGAUCCACAAAGCACAAAGAUCCGUCCUGGAGACCGACCUCGGUCUGGGAACUUGAGGUCUGGUAAUCCUUUUGAACCAGAAAGCUCCCUGCCUCUUCCAUCAAGUGGAGGAGUGCUCCUUGGCCGUACACAAACAGGAAAUGAAGCUAGGCGAAGUAGCAUUGUGCGUUUUAUGCCAGAAGGUGCACAGGUCAGCACUGACAACAGUUUGGUGUCAGACCAGCAUCUCACCCAGAAUUUUGGCUUUCCCUUAAUAGCUGAAGGAGGAAUGAACCCACCACCUCCCAUUAAUUCCAAUGCAUCUUUCAUUCCACCAGUCACACAGCCCAGUGCCUCUCGCACCCCAGCCCUCCUUCCUGUGGAACCUCAGAACACUCUACCAUCAUUUUACCCAUCAUAUUCCCCUGCAGCUCAUCCCAGCCUUCCGAGCGAGAUUCCUUUACAGUAUUUUUCCAAUCAGAUGUUUACAAGUCCAAGCACUGACAAGAGUGGCAGUGCACAAUUGAACAAUCGCUUUGGUUCUAUUCUUUCUCCUCCUCGACCUGUGGGCUUUGCACAGGCCAGCUUCCCUCUUCUCACAGAUAUAACACCAAUGCCAAUUGCAAACUCCUCAGGCAUCACACCUCAUUUACCCAACUUCAACCUGACCUCUUUAUUUCCUGAAAUUGCCACAGCUAUGCCUCCGGAUGGCUCCUCCAUGCCAAUGUCCCCUUUAUUGUCCCUUGCUAACACUACUUCCUCAGACUCAAAUAAACAAUCUAAUCGCCCAGCCCACAACAUCAGUCAUAUUCUAGGACAUGAUGGGACUUCUGCUGUUUAAAGCUAUAGCAUUUAGACAGAUAUAAAUCCAAAUUUCUACUCCCUCACCCCUAAAUUUAAAUGCCCUCACCUCUUUAUAAAUUAUUAAAUGGAUUUUAUAAAGGAUAGUCAUGGUGUAAAGGCUUUUAAUCCCUCUUAAGCAAUUAGAAUGUGGAAUGGUAUCAGCUCCCAUGUCAGGAUAACUCCAAAAUGAAUGGGGGAAAAAAAACAAUAAAAUGUUUCAUGUUAUGUCUGUUAGCCUUUGGUAGGUUUCCUUUGCUGGGCUUUUCUGAUGAUUCUUGGGGCUUGUCAUGGUUCUAUAGGAUGUACAACUUGUUCCAGGUUACUUUCCAUACAAGCAGCUCCCAAUGUUUCAUAGGAAGAUGAAUAUGUUCCAAACUUGUUUUAUUCUGUAGCAACAAUAGUGACUGGGUAUGAAAUGCCACAGCAAAAAAAAAGUUAUAACUUUGCAUUAUAAUGCUAUAAAGUAUCAGUUGUUUUCCAAUGUUUAAAAUAGUUUUCUUUUGAAAAAGUUUCACUUAUUUAUGAAAAACAUUGCAAUGUCUGUAGAUAUUUGUAAAAAUUAAAGUUUAUAAAAUUUUCUAAU